AUGAUGUCUAUGGGUUACAAUCUUUUUUGUUCUCUUCGAAAACUACGUGCAAAGUCAUUAGCAGAUAAAAUCAUUUUCUGGGCCGUAGAUGAAGAAGCAGUGACAUAUUUACAAUUAUAUCGAAAGAAAAAUAAUCUUUCGUUUGGGAUUUAUCAUCCUGAUACAAAACAUCAAAUUAGUAAGUUUCAAAAUCCAGGAUCUCAUGGAUAUUUUCAAAUGAUGCGUGAUCGAGUAUCUGUUUAUAUAACACUUAUUCGUCAAUAUCGUUUAUCACUUCUCUUUCUGGAUGUUGAUAUUAUUUUUACUGCUGAUCCUUUACCCGAUCUUUUUCUUAACGAAGAACGAGAUCAAUCUGAAGAUAUAAUCUAUAGUACAGAUGCUCGUAACUUUUAUAACGCAUUAAAAGAUCCAUAUGAAAGCGGUCCAUUUAUACCAAUGAUUUGUGGUGGUUUCUUUCUUAUGCGUCCGACAGAACCUACAAUUCGCCUACUUGAAGAUCUAAGUAAAACGAUAGAUAUCAAUCCAAACGCUAAUGAUCAAUGGACUACACAUAAACUUUUAAAUAGUCGUUAUAAUUCUACAAGUAACACAUUUAUUCACGAUCCAACUCGUACUUGGCUUGUUGAACCAUUUCCGACCGGAUUAGAACGAAGAAAUACAAGUGUGAGAACAAACAGUUCAAUCAAGCUUCGUUUAUUAGAACAAGGAGCCUAUAUCAAUGGACAUAUCUAUGGUUCAUUACAUAAUCAAUACUGGCAGGAAAUACAAAAAAUUGAAAAAUCCAAUCCAUUUUUUCAGCGCAUUAUGAUACAUGCCAAUACAUGGGCAGAAGACAAAUUACAACUGAUGAAGAGAAAUCAUUUAUGGCUUUUAGGAUCAGAUGAUGUCUGUAUUUUGUAA